AUGCCAGAAUCUGCCAUGGCUUCCAAUCCGAAAACCCAAACACCCAAAGCCAACACCACCCCCUCAACCACUAAACAUCCCACAAACCAACACCAAAACACCCAAAACACAGCCUCCCCAACCUCUACCCGACCCACUCCCCCCUUGGGUUUUUGGGCUGAUAAGAUAAGAGUUACCGACUCUCACACUCGAUGCACUCUUGACCCCAUCCCUCGUAAGCCGGUUGGCUCUCGUCUUAAAAUGACUAAGGGAUUAUGGGAUAAACCUUCUGCGGUGUGGCAUCGUUGCCUAGUAGGUUUUUUUCCUGGUUUUAAGCUUCCUUAUUCUGCUAUGAAUUCAAUUGCUCACAGGAUAUGGAACAGGUUCGACCUUGAGGAUGUGACAUCCUUGGCCAAUGGGUUUAUAAUGUUUCGUUUCAAAACAGAAGAUGACCUACAAAAGGUCAUUGAAAAUGGUCCUUGGAUGUUUGGCGGGAAAGCCAUUAUUCUUCAGAAAUGGCAUUCUGGGUUUGUCUUCGACAUGAACAAGAUCACCAAACUUCCAGUAUGGAUUCGGAUAUAUGAUCUACCUUUUCCUUUAUGGACAAAGGAGGGUUUAAGUGAGGUAGCCAGUAUGGUGGGCCAACCACUCUCUUGUGAUGAGUUGACACUUGGAUGUAAGCGCUUAGACUACGCGCGGUUGUGUGUGGAGGUAGAUGCAUCUCUACCAUUUGUCCACAAAUUUGAACUUGAGUUUUCCACUACUAUCAGAGAAGUUCAUGUGAACUAUGAAUGGAAGCCGAAGAGAUGUGAAAGGUGCCAUGUUUUUGGUCACUCAUGUCAGCCUUCAGCUGAUAAGCAGGUUAACAGUGAUGCCUCUCCUAGUCAUCAGGAUAAAGGUAAUGCCUCACCUGCCUUAGACACAUGUGAUAAACAGGUUAACGGUGAUGCCUCUCCUAGUCAUCAGGGUAAAGGUAAUGCCAUUACCUCCCCCGCCACAAACUCAGAUGAGAUGUCCUCUGAAGACUCAGAUUCCUCAGCUGAGACAGAUACAGAUUCCUCAGACGAGACAGACACAGAUGAGUCAGCCUCUGAUUCCUCAGCUGAGAGUCAGCUGAAGCCAUCUGAUCUUGGUGAUGUUAAAUCGAUAACUCCUCCACUGUCGACAAACGACCAUGUUAGGACAUCACCACUAGAAUUGCCUGUGUGCACUACUAGUAAGCAAAUGUCUUUGCCAUCAUCUUCUGAAACCAGUUCUUCAUCUAGGGUACCUACCAUAUAUUUACCUAAGAUGACACCUUCUCGAGCACUUCCUCCAGAAUCUCUAUCUGCUGCACAAUCUGUUGGAUGUGAUGACACUGGAUUUACACUUGUUACUAGGAGGAAAAAGAAGAAGGAUAUACCCGAGAUGAAAACUCGGGCAGCGACUCAUCGUGUGGCACCAUCUUUUUUACCUUCCAGUUGA